GUUGUUUGAAUCAUGCCCAGCUCUACGAAGGAGCUGAAGCGGGUAGUUCCGCAUCGUAAAGCCACUCACAAGGACGACCCAAAGGCCAAAGCACGUCGGGCGACUAUCUCCGGUUUGUUUGCGUUGCCGCAACACAUCUCCAACAACAUGACUGGCCUGGCUGCCCUCGCUGUCCAAGCAACAUUGUAUCGAGGUCGAAAACUGAAACAAGACUGACGAACACCCCAACAAGACCCGGGUUAGGAUUUAACAAAGUGUACAUUAGACGUUGAUAUGCAUGCACAAGUUGGUUGGCGUGGCUGUGUACAGUGCAUUCUCCAAGGACAGUUUAUAAGCAUCGUCCAUUGAAAAUGCGAUUCCG